GUUGGCCAGGAUGGUCUCGAUCUCUUGACCUCGUGAUCUGCCAACCUCGGCCUCCCAAAGUGCUGGGAUUACAGGUGUGAGCCACUGCUCCCCAUCCUACUGUAGUAACUCUUAAAGCCUUCUAAUAUUGUUUUCUUUAAAAAUGACUUUGACUCUUCUAUAUUCUUUGUAUUUGUAUAUCCGUUUUAGAAUUAGCUUGUAAAUUUCUACAAAAAUCUUGCUGGCUUUUGAUUGGGUUUGCAUUGAAGCUAUAGUUUUAAUUCUGGGAAAACUGAUGUUUUAACAAUAUUCAUGACCACUCUGGGUUGCCACCACCACUGUCACCAUCAUGCCAGCCCCUCAGGUCUUCGUGAGGCCAGGUGACACUCAAGAAUGGGAGACAAGCCAGUUUGGGAGAAGAUUACGUCCAGCUUCAUUCAACAUUACUACUAGUUAUUCGAUAGCAAUAGAACACAGCUAGGCAGAAUUUGCAAUGGUGUGUCAUGCCUAACGUGGGAAGGACAACAGUUCCGUAGGAAAGCUCCCGCUGUGGAGAAGUUGUCUAGCCUUCCAUUCCAGAUCCAGCACAGUGUCACAGCGCAGCACCAUCAGCCCACGCCAGACAGCUGCGUCAUCAGCAUGGUUGUGGGCCAGCUUAAGGCAGAUGAAGACGCCAUCCUGGGGCUCCACCAGAUAUUCCUAUUGAAGAACAUCAACGAUGCUUGGGUCUGCACCACUAACAUGUUCGGGUGUGCCCUGCAUAACUUCAGCUGACCUCUCAGUCAGGCACUUACGCUGUUUCCUCCUCCCUCCUCAUCCCAGUACUAUUCCCACUCCUCCAGAUGCUCCAAAUAUCAUGCACAAAUGAGCAGAGCUGCGGUGGAAGUGGGUGCAGUGCGCUGCUGCCACCAAGGUGUUGGGUAUGAUGUCUGGACUGGUUGCGUCUGAUGGAAGAAGUUUGUGUCGUAACUGCUCAUGCCUUAGAAAGACUUAAGUAAUGCAAAAGGUUGUUCUUUUUUUUUUAAAUCUAUUGACAAGUUGCUCUAGUAACCCAAAGAAUUGAAGGAGAAAGCAGCUGCCUCACCGCCCAGACAUUGAUUUGUUCAGAUGUUUCAAUGACUCGUAAUACUACAAAACCACAAAAUUUUUCUUAAAAAAAAAAAUUCGGUCUUCUGAUCUAUGAACAUGGAAAAUAUCUGCAUUAAAAAUUUUCUAAACAAUAUUUUAUAGUUUUAAGUGCUCAAGUUUAGGUCUUGCAAAUAUUUUGUAAAAUGUAUCCCUAAGUAUUUCAUGGUUUUUGAUGAUACAAUGAAUGGUACUGUGUUUUAAAUUUCUAUUUAUAGUUGGUUGCUGCUAGUACAAUAUAUAAACAUACAACUGGUAUGUGUAUAUUGGCCUUUUAUCCUGUGACAUUUCUAAACCUCCUUCUUGGUUCCAGUAGCUUCCUAAAAGAUUCCUUUGGAUUUUCCACAUGGAUAUUCAUGUUGUCUGUGAAUAAUGAUAAUUUUGCUUCUUCCUUUCUGAUUUAGAAGCCUUUUAUUUACUUUCCUUGCCUUCUUUCACUGAUUGGGACUGCUAGUACAAUAUGGGGGGGGGGGUUGUUUUUGUAGAGACAGGGCCUUGACAUGUAGCCCAAACUGGUCACGAACUCCUGGACUCAAGUGAUCCUCCCGCCUCAGCCUCCCAAGGUGCUGGGAAUACAGGCAUGAGCCACUGAACCUGGCCUCUAUUACAAUAUUCAAUAGAAGUGGCAAGAACAGACAAUGUUGCUCUGGUUUCUAAUCUUAGGGGAAAAUGUUCAGUCUUCACCAUUAAAUAUGAUAUUAAGUGAAGGUUUUUCAAUUCUUCAUUAGAUUGAAGAAAUUCCCUUCUAUUCCUAGUUUGCUGAAAAAUUUUAUUACAAGUGGGUGUCGAAUUUUGUCAAAUGCUUUUCUAUAUUUAUUGACAUGAUGAUAUUGUUUCCUUUUUUUGGCUGAAUAAUGUGCUAAAUCAACAAUGUCGAUUUUUGAAUGUUAAGCAAAUCUUGCGUAAUUCUUGAGAUAAACCCCAUUUGAGCUUAUGGGUUUUCUUUAUGAUUUUCUUAUUAUAUUGCUAAAUUUGAUUUCCUAAUGUUUUGUUAAGGAUUUUUUUUUCAUCUCUGUUUAUGAGGGAUAUUGGUUAAUUUAAUUUUAUUUUUUUUUUUGAGGCGGAGUUUCGCUCUUGUUACCCAGGCCGGAGUGCAAUGGCGCGAUCUCGGCUCACCGCAACCUCCGCCUCCCGGGUUCAGGCAAUUCUCCUGCCUCAGCCUCCCGAGUAGCUGGGAUUACAGGCACGCGCCACCAUGCCCAGCUAAUUUUUUGUAUGUUUAGUAGAGACGGGGUUUCACCAUUUUGACCAGGAUGGUCUCGAUCUCUUGACCUCGUGAUCCACCCGCCUCAGCCUCCCAAAGUGCUGGGAUUACAGGCUUGAGCCACCGCGCCCGGCAAUUUUUUUUUUUUUUUUCCUUACAAUAUCCUUGUCUUUGUUUUGGCAACAGGAUGAU